AUACAGCAUGUCGUCCCACUUGCAGUGGAUGGUCAUUAGAAACUGCUCCAGUUUCCUCAUUAAGAGGAAUGGACAGACCUACAGCACUGAGCCUAACAACCUGAAGUCCAGGAACUCCUUCCGCUUUAAUGGGUUGGUGCACAAGAAAACUGUUGGUGUACAGCCUGCACCUGAUGGCAAAGGUGUUGUUGUUGUGUUGAAGAAGCGUGCAGGUCAGCAUAAACCUGCCAGCUCCUAUGAGAAGAUCACAAUCAACAAGAACUCCCGUGCAACUCUCAGCAGCCUGAGGCACAUCAUUCGCAAAAGCAAAUACAGGAAAGAUCUGCGCAUGGCUGCUCUGCGAUGUGCCAGUGCUAUUCUGAAAAGUCAGAAGCCAGUUGUUGUCAAAAAGAAGCGCACCAGGGCUGCCAAGACCGCAUAAAUGUGUCAGUAAACCUGAAAUAAACAUUGGGAAUAAAUUCAA